AUGCAGAUCUCAAGGGCUUUAAGAUUCCUCUCUUUUAUUUCGUAUGCAUUGUCUGUCCCUACAGACACACAUACCCGCCAUCUCCGCAAUGAGCAGGAUAGAGGACAAUACUCGAAGGUCAUGCUCAAGCCGCAGCAGACUACCACCCGAGACCUCAUCUCGCUUGAUGGGCUAUGGGCAUUUGCCCUGGCGUCUGACGACAACAGCACUCAACCAUGGACAGGCCCAUUGGACACCCAUCUGGAAUGCCCAGUCCCAGCAUCCUACAAUGAUAUCUUUGUAGACAGCAAGAUCCACGAUCACGUCGGAUGGGUUUACUACCAGCGCGACGUGAUUGUGCCAAAGGGCUGGUCCGAAGAACGGUACUUGGUGCGCAGCGAAGCCGCCACACACCAUGGCCGGAUCUACGUCAAUGGCCAACUGGUCGCGGAUCAUGUCGGCGGCUACACGCCAUUCGAGGCGGAUAUCACUGACCUUGUUGCUGCCGGAGAACAAUUCCGCCUGACGAUUGCCGUCAAUAACGAACUCACGUACCAGACGAUCCCGCCUGGGAAGGUGGAGGUUCUUGAAGCGACAGGUAAAAAAGUGCAGACUUAUCAGCAUGACUUUUAUAAUUAUGCUGGGCUGGCGCGGUCUGUAUGGCUGUAUUCGGUGCCACAGCAGCACGUUCAGGAUAUCACCGUUCGGACGGAUGCUGAAGGGACCACGGGCUUGAUUGACUACAACGUUGUGGCUAGUACGACAGAAGGGACGAUUCAGAUCAAGGUGCUAGACGAGGAUGGUACAACUGUAGCAACAAGCUCAGGAUCGAACGGAACCAUUCAGAUUCCGUCUGUCCACCUCUGGCAACCCGGUGCCGCAUAUCUCUACCAAUUCCACGCCAGCAUCGUCGACUCUUCCAAUAAGACUAUCGAUACAUACAAACUAGCAACUGGCAUCCGUACGGUGAAAGUACAAGGCACACAGUUUCUCAUCAACGACAAACCCUUUUACUUCACUGGGUUCGGCAAACACGAGGACACUGCCGUCCGAGGCAAAGGUCACGACCAGGCCUACAUGGUGCACGACUUCCAACUCCUGCACUGGAUGGGAGCCAACUCCUUCCGUACCUCGCACUACCCAUACGCGGAGGAGGUCAUGGAAUACGCAGAUCGGCAAGGCAUCGUGGUAAUCGAUGAAACACCCGCUGUCGGUCUAGCAUUCUCCAUAGGAGCAGGAGCCCAGACGUCCAACCCGCCGGCUACAUUCAGCCCAGACCGCAUAAACAACAAGACUCGCGAAGCACACGCGCAGGCUAUCCGUGAGCUUAUCCACCGUGACAAAAACCAUCCAAGCGUGGUGAUGUGGUCUAUCGCCAACGAGCCCGCGUCCAAUGAGGAUGGCGCCCGUGAAUACUUCGCUCCUCUGCCAAAGCUGGCUCGUCAGCUCGACUCGACGCGUCCUGUCACCUUUGCCAAUGUGGGUCUUGCGACCUAUAAGGCAGACCGUAUCUCAGAUCUCUUUGACGUGCUGUGCCUGAACCGGUAUUUUGGUUGGUACACUCAAACUGCUCAGCUCGACGAGGCCGAAGCCGCGCUGGAGGAGGAGCUCCGCGGAUGGACUGAGAAGUAUGACAAACCGAUUAUCAUGACGGAAUACGGAGCAGACACGGUGGCGGGACUGCACUCAGUCAUGGUGACUCCCUGGAGCGAAGAGUUCCAGGUGGAGAUGCUGGAUAUGUAUCAUCGCGUCUUUGAUCGGUUUGAGGCCAUGACGGGAGAGCAUGUCUGGAAUUUCGCGGACUUUCAGACCGCCAUAGGGGUUAGCCGAGUCGAUGGGAAUAAAAAGGGUGUUUUUACUAGGGACCGGAGGCCAAAGGCUUCUGCUCAUUUACUGAGGAAGAGAUGGGCAAACUUUCAUAAUGGUACGGCUGAGGGAGGGAAGACCUUUUAG